AUGAACAUGCUAGAUCCGAUGAUGCUGGGAUACGACCCAGGUAGCCAAGGGUCGUUCACUCCGGACUAUAUUACAAGUGCAUAUGACUCCAGAGUCUGUGAGAAACUUAUUGAGUCGACUUGGCCGUCUAGACAAACUGUUGAUACCAGCGACGCCACCAACCCGAACAGUUUAUACCAGAAGAAUGCCGCCGCGGCAGAGCAGAUAUACUCACCACUGGCACCGAAGGCAUUUAGACUGCUGAAGCUUCACCGGGGUACUGAGAAGGUUCACUGCUCAAUUCUGGUAUCGCUAGAAGACCAUGCUCUCAAAUACGAGGCCCUGUCUUACUUUUGGGGUCCAAUAAACGACUUAAAGGCUAUUUUGUUGGAUGGUUUCGAGUACCUAGUUACUCCCAACCUGUUUGAAGCGUUGCUGAGGCUGCGCAAACUGGACGAAGAUCGCCUACUAUGGAUUGACGCUCUAGUUAUCAACCAGUCAGACCUUACUGAGCGCAGCAGAGAAGUCACCAAGAUGCUCGAUCGGUACUCCCGGGCAAUGAAUACGAUCAUUUGGCUGGGCAAACCCUUAGCAAAUGCUUCCUAUGGUCGCCUUGAUAUCAUGUCAGCGAUGAAAUUUCUCUCACAACCGGAGUUGGUAGCCCCGAAAGAUCAUGACAGUGGAGAAUGGGUCCCAAUCAAACAAGCGGUAGAAGCAAUCUUUUGCUCAAAGUACUGGAGUAGAGCAUGGACUGUGCAGGAAAUGAUGUACAGUGACCACGCAACACUACAUUAUGGCUCGAUAACAUUGGACCUGGCAGACUUCUUGCGCUUCGUGGACGUCAACUCGCAUAAUGCCGAUUCGACGUUUCUUCGAAGUAUCGCCAUUGGAGACAAGCGGGUGGCAAUGCGUCCUGGAUAUGGCCGCCAGAAACGGUAUCUGCGGAUUCCGUCCUGGUUGGGCUGCUAUCUCCGUCAUCGAGAUUGUUCGAAUCCAAGAGAUUGCGUCUUUGCCUAUUACAACUGCUUUCCGCCGGAAGCCAGAAGGCACAUUGUGCCAGACUACGAGCGGCCGAUACUUAGAAUGGCUCUGGAUAUCACUCUUGCCUGGAUUGCUUCAGAAAAUAAUCUCGACUUCUUGCUCCAGAUUGGCUGCAGAGAGUCCUGCUGGCUGCGACCUGAUAACCCAAAUAAACAGUGUAUUCCGACAUGGUUGCCAAACUACUUUGGGAAGCAGACGAAUUGUAGCGGCAGGGUCGUAGCUGGACCUGAUGUGCCCCAAGCUCCUCCACCUCUGAGCAAUCCCGUUGUUCGGUUUGAUGGCAAGAGCAACGCAAUGUACGUCAAAUGUGUGUUGCUAGGAACAAUCGAGAGUAUGGGAACACCACACUAUAAUUCUAUCCCCAAGUUUAAGCCCUUCGAGUCCUUCAUACAACUUCACCUCUUACGCGCAAAGGGCAAAGUUAGUAAAUUGGACAAGGGGCUGAAAGAAGUGAUUCAAGUUCAUUAUCCGCUGUCAGAACUACCUGAGGCCACCAACCAGAACUCUGAGGUUAUGCAAACAAUAAAAGAAGAGAUGAACUGGAAAGGAGAGUCCCUGAAUGAAACAAAUGAAAGACAUCUCAGGAUUGCAGAACGUCUGUGUUCAUGGAGGACUGCAUUUUCUUAUAAGCAAUGGCCACCAUCACGGCUAAUCCAGACCAACAAGGUAGAUGUACCAUUCGGACUAGGAACUGAAGGACUCAAGAUUGGAGACCAGGUUUUUGCUGUCGUUGGAUGUAGCACACCUUUGAUAUUGAGGCCUGUAGGAGACUUUCAUACCGUGGUUGGAAACGCUAAAAUGUUUCUCUUCGUGGACGGUAUAUUCUUGCAGAGCAACCUAGCGAUGUUUCCACCGGGUAUCUUUUUAGAUAUCACUUUGCGAUAA